CACGACAACCGAUCCUUCCUUUCUUAAUAAUCUAUUCAUCUCAUGAGCGGAGAGAGAGACUGAGAGACCGAGGGACAGAAAGUCAGAGAGAUUCAUGCAUGAUCCAAUUCUUCUUGCCUCCAUAUUCCUCUGAUGUGAGUGGCUCACGAGCAGAUCCGAAUCUCGGGAGGGAACCAAGCCGUGACUCUCAGUGAAGGCCUGCCGGGGCUGGACUCGUGAACAAGUGCGUGUGAAUUUCGGGGCCCGCCGUGGUGGGUGGUGUUAGUGUGGGUGUUGUUAGUGUGCCUCAAGGAAUUGGAGAGCGAUCCACGAUCCACGGAGACAAGAGGGUCGAGCCGUGCUCGAUUGUGGGCUUGGGAAGCAAGGGGUGCGGGUGCGGUGUUCAAGUGAAGUGCUCACCCGGGCGGGGAUAGCGGCGCCUGGCGUCCUGACUUUCUUGAUCCUCCGGAGAUUGAGAGAAAGGCGGCGGGAACACAGACCACACCUUGGGGCCAAUUGACAUGCCGCUCUCACCCGACCGAGAUGGGCGGGCCUUCAGCGGGCGGGCCUGUUAUAAGGUCCUGUGCGUGAGCGCCCUCCACCCCAAAGCCAGUGAUGACGUGAUCCGCGAUACGCUCUACCGCGAGUACAAAAAGUAUGGCGACAUCAGCGUGCGAGUCGUCCAAGAACUAGACGAGCGCGUGGCUUACGUCUACUUUCGCAACUUCGAAGACGCCCGUGAUGCCAAGCACAGCAAGUCCCGCAUCAUUUUAUUCGACAAGCCCGCCCAAGUCGAACCCGUGUACGAGAGUCGGCGUGACGCCUCACCCGGUGGACCCUCCGGGGGCGGACCGCCUCCGCCCCAUUACGGCGGGGGGCGCCAUGGUCGAAGCAUGACUCCACCCCCACCCCACCAUCACCACUCCGGAGGCGGCUACUCGCGGUACCGCAGUCGCUCGCCCCUGGUUGAACGCGAUUAUGGGCGACCCUCGUAUCCACCCCGCGAUUAUCGCGAUGACUAUCACCAUGGUGGACACCAUGGGGGUGGGGGGCGUGAUUAUCACAUGGGUGGCGGCCGUGGGGGCGAUCAUUAUCAAUCACGAGGUGGACGUGGUCGCGGUGGGGGCCGAGGGGGUGAUGGUGGCUACCACGGGGGAGGCUACGGCCAUGAUGGUGGCGGAGGGGGGGGACGUAACUUUAACGAUGGUGGGGGCAAACGCGACCGGGAUGGGAAGCGCGACAAGUUUCCCAAUUAUCUCAACCACAUACCCCCUGAGGAUGAUCCCCUGGCCACUCGCACCUUGUUCACGGGUAACCUCGAGUUGAACAUCACCGAAGAGGAGAUGCGCCGAAUCUUUGGCCGAUACGGCAAACUGGUCGAUAUCGAUAUCAAGCGCCCACCCCCGGGCACGGGUAAUGCCUAUGCCUUUAUUCGAUACGAAAACUUGGAUCAAGCCCACCGGGCUAAGGUGGAACUCUCCGGUCAGUACAUCGGAAAGUUCCAAUGUAAGAUUGGCUACGGCAAAGUCAACGCCACCCCUAAGGUGUGGGUGGGUGGUCUCGGCUCGUGGGCAUCCACUUCCUUGCUUGAACGCGAAUUCGACCGGUUUGGCGCCAUUCAAAAGAUCGAUUACCAAAAGGCCAGCCCUCAAGCACACAUCUUCUUCGAAACAUUGGAGGCGGCUCAAGCGGCUGUCCAAGAGAUGCGCGGCUUCCCUUUGGGAGGUCCGGACAAACGCAUCCGUAUCGACUAUGCCGACUUGGAUGACGCCAUCAUUGCUGGCGGUCCCGAGCGCGCCAGCUCAGGCGGGCGAUCCACCGAAGGCGAUCAGUAUAGUGGACGUGGUGGGCGUUCCUCCUAUGGCGGUGGGGGUGGAUCUCGGGGUUCGGCACGGGGUGAUGAUUUUGACCGCCGAUACCCUCAAGAGCGAGGUCGUCGCGGAGAUGUGAACUCAGCGGAAGAAGGCGAGGACUUUUCUCCUUCUCGUGAACGGGGUUUGGGAUCCGUGCGAAAUGCCAAAACGAUCGGGCAAAUCGCCAGUGACGCACCCUCCAAACUCUGGGAAGGAGGCUUGAUUCUCAAGAACUCCUUAUUCCCGACCAAGCUACAUCUGAUUGAUGGUAGUCCGAGAAUGGCGGAUAUUCUUCAGGGAGAUCCUGACCAAGACAGCUUGAAAAUCACACAAAGAUUGCGUCUCGACCAAACCAAGUUGGACGAUGUGAGCAAGAGAAUGAGCUCAGCAUCGUCGUAUGCAGUGUUUUUGGCGACGAGCACCUCGCUGAACGUGACCUCGAGUGCUCCUGAUGUCCAAUCUCGACCUUUGCGUAAUCUCAUAUCUUAUUUGAGACAAAAAGAGGCUGCAGGCGUGAUUUCGAUUGCUAGCAAAGAUAAUCCCGAUCUCUCUGGUGUGUUGUACUGCUUUCCCCCCUGUCCUUUCUCAAGUGACUUACUGCGAGCCGAGGCCCCAGAUCUGUCCAUAGAUUUGGCGAAGGAUGACCAUUUGGUCGUGUUAGUGGUGUGCGGUGGAACUUAGUUGGUAAAGAUGAUUUCACUCUAGAGUACGCUAAAAGUGGUGCAGAGAAGCGAAGUAAAAAAAAAAAAAAGGCCCAUUGAUUUUUCCCCCUUUCAAACCAUCACCACGACGACUUCUACCACUACUACUACUACUACUUUUGCAACUACAACAUCAACAAAAACUGCUACUAUUUCUGCUGCUGAUGCUUCUUCUCCUGCUACCGCUAGUACUUCCAACUACUUCAUGAUGUAUUGUGUACAAACCUUGAAACUUGAAUUCAUGUGCAAAAGUGGUCAUACAAAAAAAUACAAUAGCAAUUAUUCCAUUGUU